CACAUGUUAUUCCAAUUUUUAUUUUCCGAGGAAUAAAAAAGAAAACAGAAAGAAAGGACGAGGAACAAUCUUUCUAGCAGUGCAGUGCACAUACAUCGAAUUCGCGACGCGUAAUAAAGAAGAGAGAGAGAAAAAAAAAAAAAAAGAAGAAUGCAAUACAAUACAAGUAGAAAUACAUACAUACAAGUGCAGAAAGCUCGCGCAUAGCUUCAAUGGCGAUAUUCUCCGAACCGAAUCACACUUCCGAUGGGGUCUCGCAGCGAGUCAACAGUCCUCGUUUUUCGGGUCCCAUGACUCGCCGCGCCCACUCCUUCAAACGCGGCGGCGGCGGCGAGGUGGAGCUCCAAAUCAGCUCGCCCAGAUCGGAGGAGGCGUCGGAGGGUGUUCCGGCGAAGCACAGUCACCAUCACGUGACCCAGAGAGUGCACGUGAAGGGGUUGUUGCUGAAGAAGCCCCUUGCUUCCAUCGUUGAGGAUUUGGGGCUGAGGGAAAGGAAGAAAAUUGGGCAUUGGAUGUUCUUGGUUUUCUGUGGGGUGUGCUUCUUCAUGGGUGUUCUCAAAAUAUGUGCCACUGGAUGGCUUCGAUCUGCUGUUGAAAGAACUCAAUCCAAUAAGGAACUAUCCGACUCCAUUGCUAGUCUAAAUCUAAUGGACCAACGCUCCCUUGGUUAUGCAUAUAGGGAGGGAGCAAGUGAUGUUGAACGAACAUUAAAAACAGUAGCAACAGGAGUAGAUGGCAGCCAUGCUGCCAAGACUGAAGAUUCAGUGGUCUGGUCAAAACCCAACAGUGACAAUUUCACCCAGUGUAUAGAUCUGCCAAGUAAUCAUAAAAAGCUAGAUGCAAAGACUAAUGGCUACAUUCUUGUAAAUGCAAAUGGUGGCCUGAAUCAGAUGAGAUUUGGGAUAUGUGAUAUGGUUGCUGUUGCUAAGAUUAUGAAGGCAACGCUAGUUCUUCCUUCUCUUGAUCAUUCCUCCUACUGGGCUGAUGACAGUGGCUUCAAGGAUUUGUUUGAUUGGAAGCAUUUUAUUGAUAUGCUGAAGGAUGAUGUCCACAUAGUUGAGAAAUUACCUCCUGCCUAUGCUGGAAUUGAGCCUUUCUCAAAAACUCCAAUUUCUUGGUCCAAGGUUACUUAUUAUAAGACUGAGGUUCUUCCCCUCCUAAAUCAGCACAAAGUGAUCUAUUUCACUCAUACCGAUUCCAGGCUUGCUAACAACGGCAUUCCAAGUUCCAUACAGAAACUAAGAUGCCGUGUAAAUUACAGGGCAUUGAAAUAUUCUGCUCCAAUUGAAGAAUUUGGAAAUACAUUGGUAUCUAGAAUGCAACAGAAUGGAAAUCCUUAUCUUGCCCUUCAUCUGAGAUAUGAGAAGGAUAUGCUUGCAUUUACAGGCUGCAGUCACAAUUUGACUGCAGAAGAAGAUGAAGAACUGAGACAGAUGCGAUAUGAAGUCAGUCACUGGAAGGAGAAGGAGAUUAACGGGACUGAGAGGAGAUUGCUUGGAGGUUGUCCCUUAACUCCCAGGGAAACUUCCUUAUUACUUAGAGCAUUGGGUUUUCCCUCACACACAAGAAUUUAUCUAGUAGCUGGAGAAGCAUACGGAAAAGGAAGUAUGAAAUAUCUUGAGGACGAUUUCCCAAAUAUUUUCUCUCAUUCAUCUCUGUCCUCUGAAGAAGAAUUGAGUCCUUUCAAGAAUCAUCAGAACAUGUUGGCUGGAAUAGACUAUGUUGUUGCCCUUAAGAGUGAUGUAUUUCUUUACACUUAUGAUGGAAAUAUGGCAAAAGCCGUACAAGGUCAUAGGCGCUUUGAAAACUUUCAGAAAACCAUCAAUCCAGACAAGAUGAAUUUUGUUAAACUUGUUGAUCAGUUGGAUGAAGGAAAAAUUUCAUGGAAAAAGUUCAGCUCCAAGGUAAAAAAGCUGCAUGGAGACCGAAUUGGUGCUCCAUAUCCAAGGGAGCCUGGAGAAUUUCCAAAGCUGGAGGAAAGUUUUUAUGCAAAUCCUCUUCCAGGAUGUAUUUGUGAAACAAGAUAGCAGUAGAGACUUCCCUGAAGGUUGUCUGUCUUAUGAUGGCAUGGCAGAGCUGCAAUCAAGAGACAUUGUGGCUGUGCUGUUAUAUUUUUUAAUACUUCUGUCUUGUGGAGAUAGCAUUGUACUGGGAUAUCUGGAAAGGUGCUAUUGAUUCCCUGGCUAUUGGAAUAAGAUUACAAUUGGCCAAGGUGGAGGUAUGAAACUGAGAUUCUUUGCUGCACUAUUAAAUUAUGGAUCAAGCACGGACAGGUCAGAGUAUACCACUGUCAAUACACGCAAUAGAUAUUAAACACCAUACCUUUUUAUGCAAACCUCAUUUCUAACCACACUUUUGUAUGAUUUUUUUCCCUCUCGAUUAUAUUUUAUUCAAUGUUUGUAUUAAUAGCAAGGAAAGGAGAUGGACUGAAUAAGUUGUAUUCUUAUUGUACAAUAAGAUUGAAAAAAAUAAAUUUAGCUAUUAUUGAUCUGAAGUUAUUUUAAA